GCUCUCUCCCGUUUACCUUUCCUCCCUCCUCUUUCUAUUUUCUCCUCCUCCUCCUCUUCCUCCUCUUCUCGCCACCGUCUCUCCGCCCGCCGCCGCCAGCCGCCGCCGCCCUCGGCACAGCCGGCGAGAGCCCGAAAUGGGGAAGGACGGAGACAACAAGGCGGAGAGGGGCGCCGGCGCCGGCGCCGACAGGAAGAUGUUCGUGGGCGUCGUGUGGAACUGCGCCACCGAGCUGAAGAUCCUGCUCACCGCCCUCUUGGUCCUCUGCUCCGUCGCCACCGUCCUCCAGUUCUUCCCCCCUCGCUUCUCCCUCUCCUCCUCCGAUCUCCGCCUCUGCAUCUCCCGCAUCUCCCCUCCCCUCUCCUCCCCCUCCUCCGCCGCCGCCGCUGCCGACGCCGCCGACGCUCCCCCGCCGCUCCGUCUCCCUCUCCCUCUUCCGCCGCCCCCGCCGCCGCCCCCCGCUGCGGAUCGAGAGCAGGUCCUCGAGGGCGGCGUCGUCAAGCGGGCCUUCAACCCCUACGGCUCCGCCGCCUACAACUUCAUCACCAUGGGCUCCUACCGUGGCGGGCUCAACACGUUCGCCGUCGUCGGCCUCGCCUCCAAGCCCCUCCACGUCUACGCCAGGCCUUCUUACCAAUGCCGGUGGGUCCCCCACCCGAACUCCACCUCCGCCUCCGCCGCCGCCUCCACCGCCGUCGGCUUCAAGAUCCUCCCCGACUGGGGCUACGGCCACGUCUACACCGUCGUCGUCGUCAACUGCACCUUCCCCGACCCCGUCCUCAACGCCGACAACUCCGGCGGCAAGCUGCUCCUCCUCGCCUCCACCUCCGGCGGCAGCGACCGCAGCUUCAACUACACCGACACGAUCGAAGUCCUCGCCGAGCCUCCCGGGAGCUUGGACCUGUCAAUCUUCAGCUCCCAGCCCAAGUACGAUUUCCUUUACUGUGGGUCGCCACUGUACGGCAACCUGAGCCCCCAGCGGGUGAGGGAGUGGAUGGCCUUCCACGUGAGGCUCUUCGGCGGCAGGUCGCAUUUCGUGAUCUACGACGCCGGCGGGAUCCACGAGGGGGUUCUCGAGGUGCUGCGGCCCUGGAUGGAGCUUGGGUACGUGACGUUGCAGGACGUCAGGGACCAGGAGAGGUUCGACGGGUACUACCACAACCAGUUCUUGGUGGUGAAUGACUGCUUGCACAGGUACAAAUUCAUGACCAAGUGGAUGUUCUUCUUCGACGUGGACGAGUUCAUCUACGUGCCUCCCAAGAACACGCUCCGGUCGGUGCUCGAUUCACUGUCCGGGUACUCGCAGUUCACCAUCGAGCAGAUGCCGAUGAGCAAUAAGCUCUGUUUCGUCGACGAGGCCGGUGCCAGCAGGACAUACAGGAAAUGGGGGUUCGAGAAGCUGGUGUACAGGGACGUGAAGAGGGGAAUACGGAGGGACCGGAAGUACGCGCUGCAGCCGCGCAGCGUGUACGCGACCGGGGUGCACAUGUCCCAGAACCUCAAGGGCAGGACCAACCACAAGACGGAGCGCCGGAUCAAGUACUUCCACUACCACGGCACCAUCGCGGAGCGACGCGAGCCGUGCCGGAACCUGGUGAACUCCACGGACCUCACCUUCGACCAGGUCCCCUACGUGCUGGACACCACGAUGAGGGACGCGGGCGGCGCCGUGAAGAGGUUCGAGCUCAAGAUGAUCGGCGACCGGCUGCAGCGGACCCGGCAAUGAGGUCCCUCUUUUGGGGGGGUGUUCCUGUUCAGUUGUGAUUAUUACAUAUCGUUUUGGUUUCCGUCUUUCUUUGAUCAUUCUGUGCCUUUUGUAUUAUACCGAUUGUGCGGUGAUGGGUAUAGAGUCUUAGCAGUAGUAGGAUUGAUACAGGGUUUGG